ACUGGUUAUAAGCGCAAGCAGAAUGAAGUGGAUGAAGACACUGUUAGUCUUGAAGAAACAUACGAGAUUGUUACGGAUGCUGAGAAGUGGUAUUUUCUCCAUUGCAAAGUGAAUGGCGACAAAGGGACCAAAUUUGAGUUGACAAGGCAACCAGUCAGUGUUGAUCGGCCUGGAGAUGAUGUGGAAAAAUACAAGGCCAGUGUAAGAAUGGUGUUAGAGUAUAUCCUUUGGUUGUUGAGCCAAAUGGAGGAAGCAGAGGCAAACACAGGAAUUAGUUGGCGAUAA